AUGUCAAAAAGAAUACAGGUGGCAGUGACAGCGAAAGCGAAGAUGAUGCGCAGUGACUAUAUACCGGCAGAAAAUGAUGAGUUAUUCGAAGGAGAUGAUUCUGAUUUGGAUAAUUUACUUAGUGAUGAUUGUCUCGAUAGCGACAAGGCACGCUCGCGAAAUGUUGCUGUUGCACGAAAUAUUUAUGUCGAUGAUACUUUCCCACUAUCAGCCAAAACACUAUACGCUGGCAAGAGCACAAGUAAGAUUCCAGCAAAAUCUCCCGUUGAGACUCAGCCAUUAAUUGUAGCCGGUGAAGGUGAUGACUCGGAAGCUUUAACCAUCAUUCUGGACGGUGACGAAGGUUUAACGGACGGCCAAGGACUUGACCACAAUAAUGACAGUGAGUCAGGACUCGAAUAUAUUAGUAAUCAGAACAAUGCAACGCGUGGUAAGAAUUACGUCACAUAA